AUGACGAUCUCUAGUGGAAUUUCGCAGGAUGAUCGACAGAAGAUCGCUGAACUAAGAAAGCUGGUCAAGGACGACCUCUCCGAGUACUACGACACAGAUUUCAACCUCCUCAGGUGGCUCCAAGGUCACGCACAACUUGAUAUUACAGAGGUUGCCAGAAAGCUGCGAUUCCAUUUGAAGGCAAGAAAAUCUUCAUGGGAUUUCGACAGCAUGCACAAGAUGGACAGAACGCACCCGAUUCAUAACCACUGGCGGCAUGGUAUUACCGGUGAAUCUGGAGUUCUAGAAAACGUCAUAAUCAACAUUGAACAGUGCGGGACAACUGACUACAACGGUAUGAUGGAAUGUUUUUCGAUUUCGGAAGUAAUGAAAGCUCGGGUCUACGAUCUGGAAGUGAUGCUUGCACAGUGCAUGGAACUUGAAAAACGAACAGGGAAGCAAGCGUGGAUCCUCUACGUUAUGGAUAUCACAGGUCUUGAAUACAACAAAAAGCUCUACGAUUUGGUCACGGGUUCAAUGAAAUCUCUAGCUGAAUUCAUGGCUGAGCACUACGUAGAAAUGAUCAAGUUCUUUGUCCCAGUUAAUCUACCAUCAUUUGCUGUCGCUCUAUGGACUGUGGUUCGUCCACUACUGCCCGAGAGGACAAAAAACAAGGUGCGCAUUCUUUCGUCCUCUAGUUGGAAGGACGAAAUUCUACAGUUUUCAAAAAUGGAAUCGCUCCCUUCAAUUUGGAACGAUGACACUCACACGUUUCCAGCACAUCUUGACAUACCUCAGCCGUACUCAAAGGAUUGGUACUACUCCUCUAAAGGUCUUAAGCUGCCCGAAAAUGUCCAGGUGAUUAAUGUGCCUGCUGGCAAACAUCACACGAUUACCGUUCAUCUUCAACGAGGAGACAUGGUAUCGUGGUGGGUUUCUGGGAAUCGGAAUUACGGAUUUGGCUUCUUCCGGGCACGCGACGAGGACGACGACGACUUUGCAGUCAUGGAGCAAAUGGUUCCGUCGUUCCCGUGGAUGCCAGGACCAACGCUCACUCCGAUAGAUGAAAGCCUGGAGAUCACUGAGGAUGGUCUGUACAAGUUCUGGAUCAGCAAUGAACGAUCUUGGUGGUGGACUUUAUGUGCUCAGUUCAGAAUAGAAGUCAACAGCCAAGUUGAGGAUGGUUCAGCUGUUACAGUGUGA